GCAAAGUCCCAUUAUAUUUUGUAAGCUCAAUCUAUCAUCUACCCGUGAAGUCGAAAUGCCGAGCAUAAAGAAAAGGAAGACUGGCAGUGUCUAUAUCGAGUCUGAUGAAGACGCCGAUGACUUCGAAGUUGACUUUGAAGCCAUGUUUAACUGCAGCGGUUCCAAAGAACCUCGAAAACCUAUCAUCUUGAAGCCAGAAAUAAUGAAUUAUAUAGUGAACGGUAACGAAGUCACUCAGCUAUGGGGACUCCCGAAUCCCUGCAAAUGUGAAGCCCGCCACAAUACUGCAGACGUCAUAGUCUCCGCUAUCGAGUUCUGGAAUCCUUUCGCACUGUUAAAGCUGUUGGAUCUUAGCGUAUCUCAGUUUCACUGGAGGGUAUCUGUUGCUGGUAUGGACUUUUGCGUCAAAAAAUCAUGGCAACUUGUACAGGUCAGGUCAGACAAACUGGUCCUAUUCUAUCUCGUUCAUAAAGAUCUUAGAUGGCAGCUAUUGGGAUCUGAGAACGAGGGCCUUGAGAAGAUUUACAUUCCAGAUCGUAGUGAAGAAAACUGGCAAGAGUGUCAAAUUGCGAGAAGUUACUGAAGAUUGGCUGAUAUAUUGGGUAACCACCUCCCCUGGCACCAAGAAAAUCUUAAGGAAAUCA